AUGUUUGACCAAGUGCGUCCGCCCCUUACCCCUCCCCAGCUCGUCACUAUCGCGGAAUCAGUUGACAUUUACUCUGAAGUCACCAUGUCAACACUCGUCGCGGGCUCAUUGCCAGGAGCUGUAGUCACCAAUGGCUUAACUAGGAGAAUGCAAGGUUCACAAUUGCAGAGAGCUCAAGUUAACCAUAUGUCAUGUAAACAGGAAGUUACUAUGAAACCAAUAUUGAGGAGCCUAAGAUGCAAUGCUUCUCAAACUCAAAGUGUUCAGAGCAAAUCUCCAACUGCGACUAUCAAACUAUCUGAUCCCAAAGGGAAAGUUCAAGGACGUAAACUGGAUGACGGAAGUGGUGGGUUCCCUCCAUUUCGUUUCGGCAAAGGGGGAGGUGGUGGUGGAGGGGGUGGCUCAGGCAGCAACUAUUUUGGUGGAUUCCUUCUCUUCACCAUUGUGCUGCUCCUGGAUUACCUGAAGGAGUUGGAGAAGAACCUGCUUUCUGGAAGGCAUCGUGCCGGAGAAACUAUUGGAGCUAUGGGCUGCUAGAGCAAUCAUCAUGAGUCUUACCAGCAGUAGUUUCUAGCGUUUGAUCUGUAAGAUUCUUCAAUGCUGCCCCUAGAACUGCAUCAGAUAAGGUUUAUCAACUGUCUUGUUUAUGCUAUUCUGCAUAUCUUCGGAAAACCAUGGCUUGGGCAACACAAAGCCCAAACUGCAGAUCUGUGUCAUGCUGACACAGAUGUGAUAUGCUUACCAUGGAUGCAGAUUCUCUUCCUUCCUCUUAUGUUUCUGUAUAUUCGUUGCAAUUGCUGGAAAUCUCCGGUAAGUCUUUGUGCAGUUCCUUGAUGGAGAAUCUCAAUUCUAGAAAUUCUGUACGUAUCAUUUUGCGCUAUUGCUGAAAAUCCACGGUAAGUGUUUGGUU